GCAGCCACACACACACAGCAAAAUGCCUGAAGCUGAGGUAGUUUACUCCGAUGUGAAGUUUGCAAGAGGAAAAAAGGGAGCCAAUGAGGCCGUUACCCCAUCGACUGACUCGACUUACUCUGAAAUCAAGAUCUCAAAGACUCAGCCAUCCACAGCAGAGCUGUCUGACAGUCCUCAACAAGCUGUGGUGAGCAAAGGGUCAAAGGUCACCUCAGAGAGAGUGGUUCUGAUGGUUCUCAGUGUUCUCCUGGCAGCUGCUCUCAUUGCUCUGUGUUUUACCACAUUUGAUAAAAGUAGAACUAACCAAGAGCUUGAAAAUCUGAAACUUGAAAAAACGAAGUGUGAAAGUAAUCUCACAGAGACUCUCUCUAAGAUGAAAUCAUGCAGCACGGUGCAGCCGACCUGUCCAGUACCUAAAGUAAUAAAUGAUUCUUGUUAUAAAUGUGAAGAAGGCUGGGAGCAACAUGGAGAAAAGUGCUAUAAUUUCUCCAUCAGUAAAUCAUCCUGGAAACAGAGCAGAGAUGAAUGUAGAGCUAAAGAAGGAGACCUGGUUAAGAUAGACAGCAGAGAGGAGCAGACUUUCCUGGAGAGAAGACUGAGAGAUUUAAUGACUGAAGAUGAGGACAAGUUCUGGAUCGGACUGACAGACUCAGCAGUAGAGGGCAGAUGGGUGUGGGUGGACAGAUCAUCACUGAAUGAAAGUUUGGUGUUUUGGAGUGGCAACGAGCCAGACAAUUGGACAGGGAAGAAAGAUGAACAUCCUGAAGGAGAGGACUGUGUGAGGAUAGGAGAAAAAGGCGGAGCUAAUGAGCUGAAGUGUUGGUUUGAUGCAUUUUGCUCAGAGCCUCACAGAAGUAUUUGUGAGAAAGCAGGAGUAACUGGAAAGCCUAAGAUUACAUGCGACUGAAAUUCACUUAGAAAACUCCAAAAGCAGGAGUAAAAGGACAGUUUAAAAAAGUAUAUGACUGAAAUUCACAUAUGAAACUCCAGAAUGGAGUGAAGCAUUUUUUAAAAUAAUGUCACAAACAGAAACAAAAUGAACAUAGUAAAAUAAACACGAGUAAUAUUUUGUAUCUGAUACUUUUCAGUUUUGAAGUGAUUUACACGAACAAGAAAUGUGGGAGCACCUGUGAAAUUCAUUAAACUUUUAAUAAUAAAUUAUCCUGUUUUUUAAACUUAAAGCCAUCUAGAAAGUUAAAAAGUAUUUUGGAUAGUGAAACAAUGAGUACAUCAUAUAAAAGAAGAACCUAUGAAUUAUUUAUUAUCACUUUUACAGGAAAAAGAAAGGAACGAAGAAAGAAAGACAUGCGUAGUGUUACAGUAGAAUAAGUAAUUCACGUCAGUGUUAUUAAAAAUAGGAAGUGAGUGUUAUGCCACAUUUAACAUUGAGUUAUCCAGUAUAAGAAAAGGACGCUGUGGUUCUCAGAGUUUUCAGUGUGAGAAGCUUUUUGCAACUGUUAUAAAUGAUCCACAUUUCUUAACUCUCACAUCUGCGGCUGAAAAACCUCUGGCAGUGUGGCACUGCUGUCUGUGCUCUCCUGCAUUGUUAUUUAUCUUCUCUGCGUGUUUUUUAUUUCAAAUGUGUGUGUGAAUUACAAGAAAUUA